AGGGAACAGCAUAAAGUAAACAUAUUCCUUUAUUAAUCAAUAAUCGAUAAUCAAUAAUAAGUCAAUAUGUCUGAUAGUGCAGCCGAACGUGCAGUCAUUUCAAUUUUGGUGCCAAUUGUUGUUGCACGAGCAAUUUAUUUAACAAACGAAGAAGAUGCUCAAAAAUGGUUGCAUUCAUUAAAAAAUGUUCCACAAUGGGCUCAAACCAAAGAUUUAUUCAAUAUUGGAUGGAUUACAUGUUAUGCCGCUAGUGGUUUAGCUGUAGCGAUAAUUUUUAAUGCUAGCACUGAAAAACAUGUAACUAAAAAUCCAGCUAUUUUAGCCUAUGCCGGUCAAUUAGGUUUAUGUUGGUUGUAUACCAUUGCUAUCUAUGGUUUACAGAGUCUUGAUUUGGGCUUAGCCGUUUUAUUACUUUUGGAUGGAUUUGCAUUAAUUACAACAAUUUCAUACGUUAAAAUUAGCACUGUAGCUGCUUUGUUCAAUUUACCAAUUGUUUUUUGGUUACUCCUCGUAACCAGCUUAUUAUUCCGUUGUCGGCAAGCGAAUUCUGUUCCAUCGACUGGAGACGAUGACAAAUUGGGCUUUGUGGAAAAAAUUUAAGUUUGUUACUUGUUUUAACACAUUUUCGUUGUUAUCG